AUGCCUGCCUAUCGCGUGGUAAGUGGUCACGAUCCCGGUGUGGCGCGGUCGUGCUAGUGCCGAUCGCGCCAGCCACAUAACUGGAACCUGACGUUUUACAGACCAAGCAGAAGGCGCCACGCAAGGGCCGCAAGGCUACCGCCCAGUCUGCACCUGUCCUGCCGCCCAGCACCCUCGGCGACGACCCAGACCAAGAGCACCCUGCCGAGAUCAUCGACGAGAAUAGCAAGAAAUACUAUAUGCGAUGGCUCGAGCCAGACGACGACGACAAGACGAAGCUGAAGUACGACCCAGAGUGGGUGAACAAGUCGUGGGCGAAUCAGUACGCUGUGGACGACUGGAAGCAGCGCAAGCGCGCGAAGACUGCGGCGCAGGCGUCUGAUGGCGUCGCUGCGGAGAAAGAGCGUUAUGAUAAGACGGCGGGACAUCAGAGGCCUGUUCAGCAGACCGCUGUCGCCGCCGAUUCCGCACAGGAAGAUCAGAGCAAUGAGAAAUCCACACACACGGUUGAGAAUACGGAGAACAUCGUCGAUGGCGUCGCUGGCCAGGGAGCGCAGAUUCAGCAGGAACAGACCGCAUCUGCCGAGGGUACGGAGAACCACCUCGCCGAUGCUGCAAAGGACAAGGGCUCCGCUGUGGAUGUGAUGGAAGUGGAUGCGCCGGAAGAAGAGCACGCCGCUCUCGCCGCGGAGGUGAGCAGUGACAUCGUUGCGGCCGCGGACAGCACUGCCCAGCAAGCCACUGCCACGCCAGAUGUGGUUCCAGCACAGGCGGGGCAGAAGCAGACCGCAUCCGCGGAGGACAAGGAGAAUCACGUCGUCGAUGGCGCAAAGUCAGGAGGCUCCGCCGAGGCGGAUAUGUGA